AUGUCGCCCGACUCAGCCUCCAAGCUUGCUGAGAUGGGCGUGGACUACAACACUAUCAUGUCCCGUAUGGUCAAUACAGCCAGCAGUCUUGUGACAAGCGACGAUGACCUUGUCUGCUCGCUCGAGGGCAUUGAGUGUAUUAUGAUUGAAAGCAUGUAUUUGAACAAUGCCGGAUACUUGCGUCGUGCCUGGCUGACCAACCGGAAAGCCAUGAGCCUAGCACAAGUAUUGGGUCUACAUACGGGCUCGAACUCGCCAAGCAUGGCUCUAUCAGUAGAAACAAGUCAGCACAUUGACCCUGCAUAUAUGUGGUUUCGCAUAGUAGUCUCUGAUCGAUACUUGUCAUUGAUGCUAGGACUUCCCCAAGGCACUUCAGAGAACAUCUUCGCUAGUCCAAAGGCACUUGAAGGCUGUACACCGUUGGAGCGCAUGGAGCGUAUGGAAUCUGUCGCGGCUGGACUCAUUCUACAGAGAAACAAGACGGCACUAAACGAUAUCGAAACGGUGCACAAAAUUGACACAACACUCCAAGAGGCUGCUGCCUUGAUGCCACCGCAGUGGUGGCUGAUGACUUUUCAGCUAACUGCUGCCGCCGGCCAGGAUGCCAAAGUAUUUGAAGAUUCCAUUAGACUCACGAAUCAGUUUGCUCACUUUCAUCUUCUAGUGCAGCUACACCUACCAUAUAUGUUGCGGUCGUCCCCGGCAGACAAGACCUACAAUUACAGCAAGAUAACAGCCACGAGCGCCAGUCGUGCUAUUGUGGAACGCUUCGUGUCCUUUCGGGAGUCAGUGACAGCUAGUGCAUAUUGCCGUGGCAUAGAUUUUGUUACUUUCGUCGCCAGCACGACGCUGUGCAUCGCGCAUAUCGAAGCUCGACGUCAGGGCGAGGCGGACCGUGCUGGACGAGCCACGGGAUUUCAAGCGAUCCAACACCAGCGACUGAGCGACCGUGGACUGCUUGAACGCACACUCGAGAUUAUGGAGGGAACUGCUGAGACAGGGCACGAUGCUGUUGCGCAAAAGAUAUCAAGCAUCCUCCGACCACUUCUUUUCAUUGAGAUUAACUCGGCUAGAGGCACGACAUACCAUACCAGCGCCUCGCAUGAGUCGGGUGUUUCAGACUCUCAAGGCCCCGGCGGGACUUGUGAUGGGUCCAAUCUUCUGAGGAUCCAGAUUCCAUACUUUGGCACCAUAAAAAUCGAGUACCGUCCCAAUGUAUGGGACAACUUCGGACCUGCCCAAACGGACUCCGAAGAAAGCCAUCGGGAGGUGUCAAUCUCGCACACAAAUGAUUGCAACCUGCUCAGUCCCGACGAUCCAAUGUAUCCUCACGGCGCAGGGCAGCAGGACAAGCGAAGCGGGCAAACUUCUUCUGUAAAUGGUCCUAUUGGCUACGAAAUCAGUGCUACGCAACCCCUUAAUAGUGACUGGCAGGUGGUACCGUUGCAGCUCGACUCGCAGAACUUAGAUGAAUCUGUGUUUGCUAUAAAUGAAGGCCAGGAAACGCAUUUGCUUGUGCCUGGUCUGACAGCAGAGGUAGAUGACUGGGCCCUGCAGGGUGUAGAUAUGGCUUUGUUUAGUAGUCUCACACAGGGCUCUACCGAGUCAGCUGACCAUCUCACUUAG